AUUGAUGUAACUUUGACAGGUCAAGAAGUAGGAUACAGCAUCCGUUUUGAAGAUUGUAGUUCAUCAAGGACUGUGUUGAAAUACAUGACCGAUGGUAUGUUGCUUCGGGAAGGAAUGUCUGAUCCCAUGUUGGAUGCCUAUCAAGUGAUACUGCUAGAUGAAGCUCAUGAAAGAACGUUAGCUACUGACUUGUUGAUGGGUGUUUUGAAAGAAGUGAUCAAACAGAGACCGGACUUGAAACUUGUGAUUAUGAGUGCUACCUUAGACGCUGGAAAGUUUCAACAGUAUUUUGACAACGCUCCACUUAUGAACGUACCUGGUAGAACGCAUCCAGUCGAGAUAUUUUAUACACCAGAGCCAGAGAGGGACUACUUGGAGGCAGCAAUAAGAACUGUUAUUCAGAUACAAAUGUGUGAAGAAAUUCCCGGGGAUCUUUUGCUAUUUUUAACUGGUCAAGAGGAAAUUGAAGAAGCUUGCAAGAGAAUAAAAAGAGAAAUGGACAACUUGGGACCUGAAGUUGGUGAACUAAAGUGCAUACCAUUGUAUUCGACACUGCCGCCGAAUCUUCAACAGAGAAUAUUUGAACCUGCUCCGCCUACCAAAACUAAUGGUGCUAUCGGCCGCAAAGUUGUCGUUUCGACCAAUAUCGCAGAGACAUCGUUGACUAUCGACGGAGUUGUCUUUGUCAUAGAUCCUGGUUUUGCCAAGCAAAAAGUAUACAAUCCUAGGAUUCGUGUCGAAUCUCUUUUAGUGUCACCUAUUAGUAAAGCUUCAGCGCAACAGAGAGCCGGUCGUGCUGGUAGAACAAGGCCUGGAAAGUGUUUCAGAUUAUACACAGAAAAAGCAUACAAAAACGAAAUGCAAGAUAAUACCUAUCCUGAGAUUUUGCGUUCUAAUCUUGGAAGCGUCGUAUUGCAAUUGAAGAAACUUGGCAUCGAUGAUUUGGUGCAUUUUGACUUUAUGGAUCCACCUGCGCCCGAA